AACUGUUUUCUUUCUGCCUGACAGUCAAAUCGAGUCAAAACAUUGUAGUGCGGCUCUUAUACAAUUACAAUUUCUGUGUUUUCACUAUUUUUAAUGGUAAAAAGCACUAUGUCGCCGUUGCAGAUUUUCGGCAUUUCUCGGCUAAACCAAGGCACAAUUUACGCGCGUCUGCGAGCGGUCACGGUAAGACUUUAUUCAUCUAAUGCAGCCAGCAGUAAAAAAUCCAGCACCGGUGAUGAAAUUGCCCCGGAAGAUCCUGUUGAAGAUCUACCGGUAACAUUCGUUGACGAUGAAAACCUCCAGGAGGAACGGGAAGCAAGAAUCGAGAUGCUUCGAAAUAAGUCCGGUUUAAAACCGCAGCAUCGCAAUAUGUUACACGAAAUACUACCGUACGACAAAUCUCAAUCGUGGAUUCAUGAAACGGUGAAAUACAAGCGUAUGAUGUUGGGGAGAUAUGGACUGGAAGCUAGCCGAGUUGAUCCACGAAUUACUUUUCCAACUAAACAGGAAGCACUUGAAAAAGCAGAAUACGAAAGGGUUGCUUUCCCUCACACCCUGCAAGAUAUGAUGGAGUCCAAUCGGAAGGCGAAAGAACAACGAAAAGCUGUAAUCAAAGCCCGAGAGGAUGAAAUUGCACGUAAACUUGAGAAACUGGAUCAAUGGACAGCGGAUUUGAACGCACGUAUUGCCAAAAAGGAGGCUGAUGCACGUGCUGCCAAAGAGCGUAAAGAUCGCUUAGUAGAGGAAGUGCGGCGUCACUUUGGUUUCAAGAUCGAUCCUCGAGACGAACGCUUCCAGGAGAUGCUGGCCCAGAAGGAGAAAGAGGACCGCAAAAAGGUCAAAGAAGCCAAACGGAAGGAAAAGGAAGUGCAGAUGCUGGAAAAGCUGAAAAAGAAAACGGCACAGUUGGAAGAGAGUGCCCCUACAGAAGAACACGAGGACAAAAAGUAAAGACGUAUGUUUUAUGUUCUGAAAAUGUAUUGAGGGUUCAGACAUUUUCACUAGAAUAAAUUAGUGCUGAAACUA